UGCGCACGCUCCGCCAUGGCUGUGGUAGCAUUGCCGCUCCUGUUGCUGCUGUUGUUGGCGUCGCCGGCUGCCCCAGCGCCAGCGCGCGACCCCUUCGCCCCGCAGCUCGGGAACACGCAAAGGUGCCAGCAGCGGUGUCGCCAGCGCCAUCCAGGCCCGCCACCCGUUCAGCCUGAGCCAGAGGGCCCCUCAGAUUCCUUUAAUAACAAGGUGGUCCUCAUCAGUGCUUGUGAGCGCGGCUGUCGCCUUUUCUCCAUCUGCCGGUUUGUGGCCAGAAGCUCUAGGACCAAUGCCACAGAGACAGAAUGCGAAGCAGCCUGCACUGAGGCUUACGUGAAGGCUACAGAGCAACGGGCCUGCAGCGAGGGAUGCUGGGGCCAGAGCCCUGAACCUGAGACCCAACUGGAGCAGAAGAAAACGGCACAGCCCAGUGGGUCUCUGUCCCUGCUGGAAUUAUUUUCUACACUCUGCAGCGACCUCAUGAGUUCCGCCCAGGGCUUUGUGUCCUCCACCUGGACAUACUCCCUUCAGACAGACAACCGGAAGGUGGUGGUGUUCCAGACCCAACCUGUGGUAGAGAGCUUUGCACUCCAAGGCAGCCGCCUACAUCAAGUGGAGAUGACCUGGAGGGGGUCCCACCCCGAGGCCCUGGAGGUGCACAUGGACCCCCUAGGCCUUUUGGACAAAGGGAGAGCUAAGACCCGAGCGAAGACCAGCAAAGUCAGCGUGGAGUCUGAGGACCAACAAGAGAAUGACCUGCUCAGCUGCAUGUCCCGGCGCUCUGGGUUACCUCGGUGGGUCUUGUUCUGCUGUCUCUUCCUAUCCAUCCUGGUUAUGCUGUGGCUGAGUUGCUGUACCCUGGUCACCACACCUGGCCAGCACCUCAAGUUCCAGCCACUGACUGUGGAGCAACAUAAGGGUCUCCUGGUGGAGUCAGACUGGCCUUUGUACCCUCCCACGCCAACUGUCUAUGAGGACAGCCCCCCGCCCUACAAGUUGAAGCUAGAUUUGACAACGCUGUAAUCUUCAGCCUGUUUCUAAGUGCAAGGGGUCCCUCCACAUUUGUUCACUCUGCACCCGGAAGUCCAAGGUUAGGGUGGGGACCAGACUUGGCCUCACUCUCCCCCACCCUCCUUCCCUCUCUUGCCAGCAUACCCUUCAGUUCCCUUGAGACAGGGGACCUGACUGGCUGGGGAGGGUGGGAUUUGGCCUCUCUGCCCCUACCACCUUGCUUUCUUUGGGGCUGGCUUUUUGGCUUUUCUCACAUGCUCUGGCUAUGAA